CGAUUUUUCCUUGAACGCCCUCGGAACGAUAUUAAUUAAAAAAUAAUAAAAAAGGUGAGAAGCCGAGAACCCUGGCGGGAAAGGGUGCAACCCAUUCAUUAGUGUCCUAAAACCCUACACUAGGCCACACAACUCCUCUGUGAAGUGUCUUUUAACUUGAGUUGCAGCAAACCACACGGUCGUCGGAAAAUUCCGAAGAUGCUGUCGUUUCCGCAACCGGGCACCGUCACCGUCUGCGAAAUCAACCGAGACCUCUUUACUGCUGAUAAUUUAUCCGAUGAUCGAGCUAAGGAAUGCUAUGGAAAAGCUCUUGGUGUUGUAUUUAGUCCUGUGCAAUUUCAACCGGAAAAUCUAAUUUCGCCAACUCGUGAUGAUGCUGGUGAUCAACAAGGGGGGAUUCCGGAGAAGGGUUUGCCAGCUUUGAUUGGUGCUGUAAAGCGGAUUUUUCACCCUAAUGAUGUGCAUUUGUUGCCAGAAGUAAAUUUACAAGGAGUAUCAUGGCACCAACACAAGCAUAUAUUGGCAUUUGUAUCUGGGCUGAAUCAGGUCACAAUUCGUGAUUAUGAAGAUACUGAGGGAAAGGAUCCAAGCAUUUUGCACGGCGAUUUUCAGAGAGAAGUCAAACUUGUUGAAUGGAGGCCAAACAGUGGGAGGACACUUUCUGUGGCAUGCAAGGGUGGAAUUUGCAUAUGGGCUGCUUCAUAUCCUGGCAAUCCAGCAUCUGUACGAUCUGGGGCUACCCCUUUUGUGGGUUCCAUUUCCAAGGGCUCUGGCACAAGAUGGACGUUGGUGGAUUUUCUUAAGAGUGAUGAGCACAUCAGUGCACUGUCUUGGAGUCCCGAUGGAAGAUACUUAGCAACAGGAUCUUUUGAGAGCUCAGCCUUCACAAUUUGGGAUGUUUCUCAAGGUGAUGGGACUCCUUUUCGACGAGGAUGGGGAGGCAUAUCAAUCUUGAGAUGGUCGCCUACUGGAGAUUACUUUUUUGCAGCUAUGUUUGAUGGAACAUUUUAUCUAUGGGAGACUGGGACUUGGACAUCACAACCAUGGUCUUCAAGUCGUGGUUUUGUUACGGGGGCAACAUGGGAUCCUGACGGGCGUAUGAUUUUGCUUUCCUUUUCAAAUUCUUCUACUUUGGGAUCUGUUCACUUUGCAUCAAAACCUCCGUCUCUUGUUGCACACCUACUCCCAGUUGAUCUCCCAGAGAUAUCAACUCGAACGAACAGUCAGCAGAUUGAGAAAAUAGCUUGGGAUGCUUCAGGAGAACGCCUAGCCAUAUCUUUCAAAGAAGGAGAUGAGUUGUACCGUGGUCUUAUUGCCAUAUAUGAUGUUAGGAGGACUCCUCUGAUCGCGGCAUCUCUAGUUGGAUUUAUCAGAGGACCUGGGGACAAUCCCAAGGCAAUUGCAUUUUCUUUCCAUGACAAGUUCAAACAGGGACCUUUGUUAUCUGUGUGCUGGAGCAGUGGUUUCUGCUGCACCUAUCCUCUUUUAUUCCGUUCUCACAUUCUUCCGUAGUUGAGGUUACAUGUUGUCCUUGAUUGUGGCUUGUGGAGAGUAGUUGUCUACCUGUUUGGAGUAAUGUGCCAAGACCAUUUGUAAGUAGGCUGUUUUUGGAAGGGGGAGGCGUUGCUUCAGCUCUGCAAGCAGCUGAUUUGUAGACCUUUCACAAUCUCCGGCAUUUCUGUUUUAUAAAGACAGGUCUCUAAAAGACAACAGAGCCCCAAGGCUUUUUUUGAUGGCUAUGAUUAAACUGUAAAUUAAAUUCAGACAUUCUUUCAAUGCUAUAAAAAAUCUUCUCUCUUGUGUCUACGGUAUUGUUUUGCACUUCAGAUACAGUCUGUUCGAUUGUUAUUUUGCAGUCAAGUUUUAUAUGCCAAUAGUGAUGUUAAAUCAUGUACAAAAGCCGAGUUAUCUAUAGCAGAGCUUAACUGUGUUUAAAUCUAUAUCUGGUUUCGGAACUUUUGUAGGUUUUUGAGUGAACGCAAGCAUAGAUGAUAAAUCUACCCUUACAAAGUAACAAAACAAAACCAAAAGAAUGUAAUUAACCAAUUACCCACGAAUUUCUAAUGUAGUCAUUCAAUUUGUAUGGUAUUUUAUUUGUAGUUGGAUUUUGCUGGAAAGUAAAGCAAUAAGUCUUGUCUUUAUUUCUA